CCGAUCUCACCACGAGUUGCACUACGCCACCGCAGCCGCGGUGCAUGCCGGUAACUAGAGUUCUCGGCCGCGACUGCAUCGUUGCGGCUGCAUUGGUGCUGCAUCCGAGAGCUGUUUAUUGAGGUCUCAUGCGUUGUAUAGAUUCACCGCAAUGGGUGGAUUCACGUGUUGCGUGCCAGGAUGCUACAAGAACAGCCUGAAGCACAAGGGCACCAGUUUUCAUGUGUUCCCGAAGGAUACGAAGCUCCGACAGAAAUGGGUGCGACAAAUAAACAGAGUCGGACAGCGCGGCAAGUUCUCACAGUUCGUCCCUACUACUGGCCACAAAGUUUGUGGCGACCAUUUUGAAGGAGGCAGAAAAUCAUACAUGGUUCGGGUGCCUACAAUCUUCCCCCUGAAACAGAAGACUGUCAAGAGCCGUCCGUUGAUACGAAUGAAGCCUGGUGAUGCAACUCACUCGCAACAGCCAGAUUCCCCUGCACCCUCACACGAGGCCAGCUGUGACGAUGGCCUUACUAACAGCACUGGAGAAGAGCCAGUAGAAGUUCAGCAGGACUUAUUUGCGGAACACUCCUAUGCAUAUGAUAAAGGAGACGAACGUGAAGUUGUCAACAGGCUGAAGGACUCAGUCACACAGCUUGAAGAAAAGCUGGAAGAGGCAAAUGCCACAAUUGCAGCACUCAGGCAGCAGCUAGAAGACAGUAAAAAAAGCAAUGGUGAAACAAUGAAAUUCUGCAACACGUUACAACAGAAAAACAGGUGCCUAAAAUUGGAGUUAUCGUGCACUUAUAAUCAACUGAAAGAGGCUCGUAACAGAAAGGAAAACGAGUUUAAUUAUGAUGCUCUCGUGAAAGACGAGAAAAGGCUCAAGUACUACACUGGUUUCAAGACGCAAAUGUUGCUGGAAACUUUCUGGUCCUUACUGGAAGAAGAUGUCAACAGUCUUCAAUUUUGGAAAAUGAAGGAAACGACGAAUCAAGACAGGAAGUUCGUGCUCGAUAUGAAGACUCAGUCGAUUUUGGUACUGAUGCGUCUUCGGCUGGGCCUCGACGGUGAAGAUCUUGCGUACAGGUAA